AUGGGGCUGCACGCGACGGGCGGCUACCAGCAGCACAAGUGCUUCAUGCGCUUCGAGGACCAGUGCGGCUACAAGUACCUGCUCAACUCGGCGUCGAUCGGCUACGCAAACAAGUUCAAGUCGCUGCUGCUCUGCGGCUCGGUCGUGCUGUACGUCCGCGAGGGGAUGCGCCACAAGGAGUUUUACGAGUACGGCCUGCUGCCGGGCGUGCACUACCACGCGGUCGACACGGCGGCCGAACCGGCGCUGACCGACUUUGUGGCGGAGCUGCUGACGCAGUACUCGACGCGGCAGUCCUUCAAGGUCGCGCCGCUGCCGGGCGCCGCGCACUGCCGGCUGCGAGGAGACGACCUGUGGCGGCACUAUGCGCUCUCGCAGGGCUGGGCGCGCCUCUACCUCAAAGAGGACAACGACACGCACGACCUCAACCCCCGCGCGCAGCCCGACGCUUGCAAGUUCGAGAAGCCGUUUUCAACCUCCGAGUCGUUUGCUCCGCCGGGCGAGUUCCCGGUCACCCACCCGCGCGACCGCGAGGGGUGGAACACCCGCUGGAAGAAGCCCGACGGCAGCUGCUGCGUGGGGCAUGUGCCGCCGUUGUGA